AUGGUGGCGGUGGAGCGGCGGCUCAAGGAGCUGGGCAUCCCGUACAUCCAGCGGUGCGUGGAGGAGGGCGGCAUCUACGUGGACCAGAUCUUCUUCCACGACCCCGACGGCUUCAUGAUCGAGAUCUGCAACUGCGACAACCUCCCGAUCGUCCCGCUCGCCGACCAGACCUUCGCAAUGGCCGCCUGCAAGAGGGCCGCCUCCGUCAAGCAACAGCAGGUGCCCAUGCCAGUCGCACAAGUAGCGCAAGCAACCCCUGCUCCGACGGUGGCCGCGGCUUCGCAGUGCAUUCCGGCGCUGAACCCGGCCUUGCAGCGCGUCGGCGGCGAGGAGGCGGCGCAUAUCUCGUGCGCGUGA